AUGCUCGGUUACAUAAGCCUUUUGUGCUUGAUUGCCAUGGUGCCAUGUGGUAUUGCGACUCCUGCUCAUAGAGCACACGCUGUCGGAUGGGAAGAGGUUAUUCUGGAGGUCCAGGAGGCAAUUCGCAGUCUCGUCAAUCAUAGAUCAACAUUCCUCCAUGAUGAGAUGAAGAAGACUUGUCUCGGAAAGGAUUUCAUGUUGAUGAAAGUGAAUAUUGUCAAGGGACCACGUCAGAAUGAGACCAUCUUCGAAAACUAUGCACACUGGGGAGACAAUUGUGUAUUCCACGUCUACGACGCCGGUGUUGUGUCUCUUCAACAAUGGUGUUUGGAGGAUCCGGCACGUCAUCUGAUUUACGAGCAGAAUCAGACAGAGUCGCCGUUGAAGGGAACCCAAAUGAUUGUCAACACAAAGUGCCAUCUUUUCGAGGAAGAUCCGGAUGACUACUACCGUAACCUCACCGAAAACUUUAUCAAGUUCUUCAUCAUUGUCGCCUCCAUCUCCAUGAUUCUAACAAUCAUCAACUGGAUUUUCCGUCGCGACGUCGUCGUUGUUGUCAACAACGCAGCAGAUAAAGCAAAGGAAAUGGAGAACUCUCUGAUUGAGAGACACAACGAGUGGAAGGAAAGAGAAGUCGACAACUCGACUGGCGACAAGGCUCUUCUUCUGGAGAAUCAGGAGCAGAACGAGUCAGCGUGA